GAGAAAUAUAAGUAGUUAAGUACAAAUAUCCAAAAAAAACUACUUAAGUACAGUAAGGAAGUAUUUCUACUUCGCUACUAUACAACACUGAUUACGAGAUAACCUGAUUUUUUUUUUGUGAUGUGACUGCAAUGCGCCACCGUACUUACUAACCAGCAAUAAAUUAAUUCAUUUAUAUUAAAAUAAUUAUGUUUCUGGAAUUGGCACCCAUUAUUAUCAAUUGUAUUUUCUUCUCUUCUAUUCUUCUGCUUUACCACGUCUCUCGUGCGUCUUCGGGUAGUGUCGGUAAGCUUCGUCAGUGGCGUGUUGCUUUCAAUGUUGCCGCCGUAAAGAAUUAUGGGAUACCACUAUCUCCUUUCGCAAAGGAAGCUCAUGAGGAACCUUUGUGUUAGGAGGGUUAAAGAAAGCAUUGAGCCGGCAUUGAGGCCCCUUCUUCAGCAUUUUUAGAAUUCGAAACACCUUUACUCCAAGCACUUCCGGGUAGUGGUGGCGAGAUGAUGCCUCAUGAAACGUCAAAGCCUCGCAGCCAGGUGAACCAUAAAAGUGGUUCGACCUCGAAGCUUCAAAUGAGUACGCUAGGGACACCUAGUGGUGAAUGAAAUUAUGAUGAAAGAAAGAGUUUCCUGUGGUGAUGUGAUGUUUGCUUCGUACAACAUCACAACGUUUAAGAAUUAAAGUCAUUUCAGUGAUACGUGUGAGUGUGCCGUUCAUAAAUAUCUCCCGAGCUCAUGGUAGAGAACAAAUCAUUUGACAUAGGUUUUAAGUAAUCCCGGGCAAAAUAGAUUGUCUUAUAACUACAGUAGCCUACUAAUAAUUGUAAUAAUAGAACUGCAUGAUGACUGAGAACGAGUGUGAUUAAUUACAUAGCCAUAAAAGUGAUCUUGGAACUGGGUAGGGUCUUCUUUUUGUAAAGUGAACCCAUAUCGCGGAACAGCCCGGGAUGAAGCCUCGAACGUCACACGCUACGUCAUUUCGCCUAUGUGAAUCCUACUCGAUACGGAGCUUCGCUGGGGGAGGAGCCGAGGUACUCGACACACGCCCCGAUCAUGGCCCCGAUGCCUCGACGCAAACCAUAACAUCACUACUUCCGGGUCAUCGCCAUAGGAAAGGGAAGUCUUUUUCGACCGCUCGUAUUUUGUAUUAUAUUGUAGGUUUUUAUCCACAACAAUAUCCAUUUGUUAAUAAACAUGUCACCGUGCGGCCUAACUGUGGAAGAACAGCUUUCGUCCAUAAUGGAUGUACUUGCGAAAGGUGCUGUAUCUGAGAUUAGCCAACUGUUCUUGGAAGGCUCGGCUACGAUUCGCUUGCAAUUAACUCGGAGCAUGAAAGAAAACCAAGCACUGAGGAGGAGGAUGAAGGUGAUGAGGAGUGAGCUGUUUUCUUUGCGGAUUCAAACGAGAUCAAAUGCAUCGUGUGCGGCGAGUCGUUUUACCCUGGCUCGAGCCAACAUCUGCAAACCACAGACUAAACCGCAGGGAGAUGAACAGUCCGAUGACUUUGGAGACCGCAGCACACAGCGCGACACCACCUCAGAGAGUCUUUACGCCCCUGGCUCCUCCAACAUGUCCAGUCACAGCGAGCAGCUGAGGAUCCUGAGCGUCCACGGAAAAGGGGAGGGCCCACUGGCGCUGGACGGCCAUGACACACUCUUCACCGUGUCCAAACGGGAGGCCUUGAACUCACUGUCUGCAGACCACAGCGUGGUCAAGAGCCUGGAGCGCGGCGAGCAGCUGGUCCACCGUGAGGAGCUGACUGUGCAGCAACAGACCCCAGACACCAUUUUAAUCAAGGAUGAAGAGGUUAUUGGUGGAGGCAUGCCCGCUGUAGAAUACUGCGAUGACUUUGGAGACUGCAGCACACAACACGGCGCCACCUUGGAUCAUCUGCAUGUGGACGCUCCUGGCUCCUCCCACAUGUCAAGUCACAACAGGGAGCUGCGGAUCCUGAGCGUCUAUGGAAAUGGGGAGGGCCCACUGACGGGGGAUGGCCAUGACAACCCCUUCACCGCGUUCAAACCGGAGGCUCUGAGCUCGCUGCCCGCGGUACACAGCGUGGUAAAGAGCCUGGAGCGCGGUGAGCAGCUGGUCCACCGCGAGGAGCUGACUGGGCAGGUUGGAAAUCAUCUUCUCAUUCACCAUCCAGAAGAGAGGCUUCCUCUGCUACAACUCCAGCACACACCCAUAGAAAGCACACACCUUUAUGAUGCAACGUGUCGUUAGCGGGGAUUGACAACUAUUUUGUGCUAAUGAAAGAAUAUGUCUUGUGUGUGUUUCCUUCUUUCUGUGGAAAGCAGCAGACCCCAGACACCAUUUUAAUCAAGGAUGAAGAGGAUAUUGGUGGAGGCUUGCCCGCUGUAGAAGACUGCGAUGACUUUGGAGACUGCAGCACACAACACGGCGCCACCUUGGAUAGUCUGCAUGUGGACGCCCCUGGCUCCUCCCACCUGUCCAGUAACGGCGAGGAGCUGCGGAUCCUGAGUGUCCACGGAAAAGGGGAGUACCCACUGGCGGUGGACGGCCAUGACAACCUCCUCACAGUGUUCAAACUGGAGACUCUGAGCUCGCUGUCUGCGGAACAUAGCGGGGCAAAGAGCCUGGAGCGCGGGGAGCAGCUGGUCCACCGUGAGGUGCUGACUGGGCAUCAGGGCGGCGAACAUUGCGAUGACUUUGGAGACCGCAGCACACAGCGCGGCGCCCCCUCAGAUGGUCUGCAUGUGGACGCCCCUGGCUCCUCCCACCUGUCCAGUCACAACGAGGAGCUGAGGAUCCUGAGCGUCCACGGAAAAGGGGGGGGCCCACUGGCGCUGCACGGCCAUGACACCCUCUUCACUGCGUCCAAACCAGAGGCUCUGAGCUCGCUGUCCACGGAACACGGCGUGGUCAAGAGCCUGGAGCGCGGCGAGCAGCUGGUCCGCCGCGAGGAGCUGACUGGGCAGCAGACCCCAGACACCAUUUUAACCAAGGAUGAAGAGGAUAUUGGUGGAGGCAUGCCCGCUGUAGAAGACUGCGAUGACUUUGGAGACUGCAGCACACAGUGCGGCGCCCCCUCAGAUGGUCUGCAUGUGGACGCCCCUGGCUCCUCCCACCUGUCCAGUAACGGCGAGGAGCUGCGGAUCCUGAGUGUCCACGGAAAAGGGGAGUACCCACUGGCGGUGGACGGCCAUGACAACCACUUCGCCGUGUUCAAACUGGAGACUCUGAGCUCGCUGUCUGCGGAACACAGCGGGGCAAAGAGCCUGGAGCGCGGCGAGCAGCUGGUCCACCGUGAGGAGCUGACUGGGCAUCGGGGCCGCGGCAAGGACCGGCCCGCUGUGUUGUCUGGCGAGUGUUUUCCCGACAAAACCAAUAUGGUCAUCCACAGGCGUACCCACACCGGCGAGAAGCCGUACGGGUGCGACCAGUGCACGAAGCGCUUCAAACUGAAGAACAGCCUGAAGAGCCACAUUAAGAGGACUCACUCCGGGGAGAAGCCCUACACUUGUGAUCAAUGCGUGAAGUCCUACUAUAGGAGCUCUCACCUGAAUAGGCACAUGAAGACUCACUCCAGGGAGAACCCCUACAGGUGCAAGCAAUGCGUGAAGCGAUUCAUGAGGAGUUCCAACCUGAAGGUCCACAUGAGGACUCACUCCGAGGAGAAGCCCUACAGGUGUGACCAAUGCAUGAAGUGCUUCAUUUCGAGCUCUCACCUGAAGAUCCACAUGAGAACUCACUCCGGGGAGAAGCCCUACAGGUGUAACCAAUGCGUGAAGCGCUUCAGUACGAGUUCCAACCUGACGGUCCACAUGAGGACUCACUCCGGGGAGAAGCCCUACAGGUGUAACCAAUGCGUGAAGCGCUUCAGUCAGGGCUCCGCCCUGAAGAGACACAUGAGGACUCACUCCGGGGAGAAGCCCUACAGGUGUAACCAAUGCGUGAAGCGCUUCAUUUCGAGCUCUCACCUGAAGAGGCACAUGAGGACUCACUCCGGGGAGAAGCCCUACAGGUGUAACCAAUGCGUGAAGCGCUUCAGUCGGAGCUCCGCCCUGAAUAGACACGUGAGGACUCACUCCGGGGAGAAGCCCUGAAGGUGCAACACCAGCCUCAGUGGUUUCCAACUUUUCGUUCGUUUCGUUUACUCUUUUAUUGUUGUAAAUAAUUGAUUUCUGUGUGAAGGUGAGGGGUAUUGACCAACGUGGAGAUUUUAGGAUUGGCCAGAGGAGCGACCAAGUUGAAUUGCAAUACACUGUGGGUGAAGUGGACUUGGCUGCAAGACAAUUAACGGAAUCUACAAC